AUGGAUAUUAAUUUUUAUCUUGUAUUCUAUCAUUAUGGUUCUAUUCUACCAUUGAAACCAAUUAUGUGUCUUUUCUGGUGGUUCGCUGAUUAUGGUUGUUAUAAUGGAUGCAUUAUUCUGAUGGCUUGGUUAGCCAUCGAACGACAUAUUUUGAUCUUUCAUGAUCGACGGCUUUCAAAUCGAAGAGGACGGUUUCUUUUUCAUUACUUACCGUCGAUUAGUAUAGUGACAUAUAUUCUUCUAUACUAUAUUAUCUGUAUUUUCUUUUUACCCUGUGAAAAUACUUAUAUUUAUACAUUGCCAGUGUGUGGUACUUCACCAUGUUAUCAAUCGGAUGGUGCUCUUGGUUUGUGGGACUUUAUUAUUAAUACUACCACACCAACUAUUUUAGAGAGUAUUGUGAGUAUCGGUCUUGUUCUACGUGUUCAAUGGCAAAAACGACGACUUCGUCAGUCUAAUCAAUGGCGUAAACAACGGCGAAUGAUUAUUCAAUUGUUCUUGGUUUCAGGCCUAAAUCUGGGUCUAAAUCUUCCAUUAUUUAUAUUACUUUUUGCACAUUUCUGCGGUCUCCCAUCGGAAUAUGGUGCUGAACCUCAACUUUAUUUCUUUUUUUUUGGUUAUUUCGUUUUUUUUCUCUUUCCAUUCGCAUCUUUAUGUCAAUUUCCAGAUUUGCGUAAAAAGAUCACAAGAAAAAUAGUUUAUAUACUACCAAGACAGCAACACCAUACAGCUAUUGUUGUGCCUACAACGAGAGCUACACCAAUGAAUAAAUCGACUUGA